AUGGGUCGGGGAUCAGAAAAGGACGACCGCGCGACGUACGACAAGUUCGCGGCUCUGUUGUCGCCUCCGACACAGGGGCAAUCGCGACACCGCUCCAACUCUGAGAUUGCGGACGGUAUGAAGCGCAUUCGACGAUUAAUUCUGACUGACGGGAUCCCGGAGGUCGAGGGCCGCCCGUCACUUCGACCGCGGAUAUGGAAACUGCUCCUCCGCGUCGAGCAGUUGCAUGCUGAGGAUUACCUCAGGUAUGUGGCGCUGGGCCCGAGUCCAGCGUCGGAGAAGAUCAACCACGACACGUUCCGCACGCUGAGAACCGACGCCGUGUUCAAGGACCGGGUGAAGAACGACAUGCUGGUGCGAGUGCUCGACGCAUACGAGUGGAAGCACGCCGUGAACGACCGCCAGUCCUACGUGCAGGGCAUGAACGCGCUGGCCGCGCCGUUCCUGUACAUCAUGCCGAGCGAGCUCGAGGCCUUCGCGUGUUUCGCAGCCAUGAUGGAGCGCGGCUGCCCGCAGUACGUCCAGCCGGACCUGCGCGGCGUGCACCGCGGCGUCGAGAUUCUGGACCGCUGCCUCCGUAUCGUCGACCCCGAACUCCACGCUCACCUCGAGAGUAGGGACCUCAAGGCGACCGUGUUCGCGUUCCCGUCCGUCCUCACCAUGUGCGCGUGCACGCCGCCGCUUGACGAGGUGCUGCAGCUCUGGGACCCGAUGAAGGUCCUCCGCCAGUUCCCGCCGCUGCAGGCCCGUGCUGUUAUCGGCAUCACGGUCGCGCUGGUGAAGGACAUCCCAGAGGACCUGUACCGCGAACUCGUCGCGCACCCUCUCCAGCCGUCGAACAACCAGUACUAA